CAUCUUAAACCCAAAACCCCAGCCUCCUCCACAAAACGAUGUCGUUUGCUCGUCUCCUCCGCCGCGCAUUUUCCACAACCACCACCACUACCACCCUGCCCAAACCCACAGCCGCCGUUAAGAGCAUCAGAGCCAUCUCCCAAGACCUCUACACGGAGAACAACCUCAAACUCCUCGUCAAAAAGUUCAAAGAGUCUUCCGAGAUCUACCGCUUCCGAACCAAAUCCCCCGUUUACGAAGAAACCGUCCGCCGCCUCGCCACCGCCAAGCGCUUCGAAGCCAUCGAAGAGAUCCUCGAGCACCAGAAGAAGUACCCGGACUUCUCCGAGGAGGGUUUCACGGUCCGAAUACUUUCCCUUUAUGGAAAGGCCGGGAUGUUCGACAAUGCCAAGAAGGUGUUCGACGAAAUGCCUGAGAGAAACUGCGCGCGCACAGUACUGUCCUUCAACGCGCUUAUGGGCGCGUGCGUGAGCUGUAAGAAGUUUGAGAUGGUGGGGAAGAUUUUCGAGGAGGUGAUGAGGGAGUUGUCUGUUGAGCCGGAUGUGGUGUCUUACAAUAUUUUGAUCAAGGCGUUUUGCGAGAUGGGGAAGUUCGAUGAUGCGGUUGCGGUGAUUGAGACGAUGGAGGAGAAGGGUGCGGUGCCGGAUGUGAUCACGUUUAAUACGUUGUUGGAUUGCUUGUAUGGGAAUCAGCGGUUUUCGGAGGCCGAGAAGAUAUGGGGUCAGAUGGUGGAGAAGAAUGUGGUUCCUGUUAUUAGGAGCUACAAUGCCAGGUUGAUGGGGUUGGCUUUAGAGAAAAGGAGUCAAGAAGCGGCUCAAUUGUUUGAAGAGUUGAAGAACAUUGGAUUGAAACCUGAUGUGUUCAGCUUCAAUGCGUUGAUCAAGGGGUCUGUGAAUGAGGGGAACUUGGAUGAAGCUAAGCGGUGGUAUGGUGAGAUAGAGAAGAGCGGCUGCCGACCGGCCAGAUGGACUUUCGGGACGCUUGUUCCCUUUGUUUGUGAGAAGGGUGAUAUGGAGUAUGCUUUUGAGCUUUGCAAGGAUAUUUUCAAAAGCCGCCGCGUUGUGAGUGCCACACUGUUGCAGCCUGUUGUGAAUGGUCUGGUUAAGGCCUCCAUGAUUGAGCAGGCAAAGGAACUUGUCAGGCUUGGAAACACUAAUUCCUACAAGCGUUUUGACUUGAAGUUGCCUUCAGAUGAAUAGGGACCUUUCUUUUCUUUCUGCUUCUCUUUUAUGUGUUGCAUUUCAAUCUGGUUUUGAAGCUCAAAAUGGAGGGUGAGCGUGGAACUCUUUUAUAGUGAGAGUCUGAUCAAUCUUCAGUUUUCAUUUUAGUUGUUUUAAAUAAGCAUUCUUAGUAACAAUCCAAUUUCUACAA